AUGGCAGAAGAAACAGUUGACGUAUCGAUGAUCGAUGAAAAUGGUGAACAGGAACAAGAACAAGAACAAGAACAAGAAUUCGAUUUGGACAAGGUGAAGUUAUUACCAGGGUCUUCGGAAGACGGAGCAGCAGCUUCGUUCCAAAUCGUGGAUGAAGACCAUACUCUUGGAAACGCUUUGCGUUAUAUCAUCAUGAAGAACCCGGAAGUAGAGUUCUGUGGUUACUCGAUUCCUCAUCCUUCCGAAAACAAGCUUAAUAUAAGAAUCCAGACAUACGGCAACAUAUCGGCAGUGGAAGCAUUGCACCAAGGGUUGGAUAAUUUGUCGGAACUCUGCUCUACGAUUGAAGAGAAAUUCAGCGAAAAAAUUGAAGCUGGAGGUUACAAGACGGUCGAGCCAUAA